ACAAUGUUUUGUUUAACAGGUUCUGCUUUAGAUUUGCAUUUUAAUGAUGUGAACGUCGCAUCCAUAGAUAGAGAAUUAGAAGAUCAAGAAGGCAGUGACCUUGGAUUAGCAAGUCAAAGAUUACUGGGAAGUUCAGCGCCUGUCAAUAUUCCAGGUUCUCUUGUUCGUUCCUCAUCUUUGCAUUCGUCAUCAUCCCUUUCAACCUCUCCACUCAGUUCUCUUUCACAAUCGCUGUCUCAGUCUUUUGUUUCAUCGGCUGCUGCUCCUCACCACCAGCAGCCUCAGCCUGUGAAGACAGAACAUAGUAUGUUAGGCACCUCAGCCUCUUCUCACAACUCUUUAGGUUUAAAUGGUGUUACAGGGAGCAUUUGGGACUUUGUAACUGGGAGUUUCUCUCCUAGCCCAUCCCCAGUACUAAGCAGUGGCACUACCCCCUCAAUAAGUUCAAACACCAGUGGGAACGAACUAACUCAAGUUAGACAGGAACUUGAUGAUGCCAAGAGAAAACUAAAACAAUGGGAAGAAUCUUGGCAACAAGUAAAACAGGCAUGUGAUGCAUGGCAGAAGGAGGCUCAAGAAGCAAAAGAACGUGCUAACAUCGCAGAUGCGGACAAACAACUUGCUCUUCAGAAGAAAGAGGAAGUGGAAAAUAAGUUAAAAAAGCUGAAGGCACAAUUAGCUGCUUGUUUAUCUACUACAUUACCUUAUAUGAAAAACUAUGGAGAUAUAGAAAAGAUAUCCUUGCCAAAGCUUCGUUCCUUACAAAAUCGGCUGCACUUAGAUUUAGAAACAAUAGAUGAGGUGAUUUUUCAGCUUCAGUCAAAGAAGUGUAUCGUAUGUCAGGAAGGUGAUCGUAGCAUUGUCCUGACUCCAUGUCAACAUUAUGUACUGUGUGAUCACUGUGCAGCUGCACAAGAAGAAUGUCCCUGCUGCAAGAAAAAAAAUAAUCUGUGGUAA